GAUUUAGAGUUGCGAUUAAAUUAAUUAAUGGAUUUUUUUUCCAAUUAUUAUUACAUCGCUGUGAAUGAGCAGCGCCUCCAGUGGCUGCAGCGGGCGACGUAAACAUCACCGAACUGACAAACGUCAGCUCCUUACAUGUGCAAUUUGAAGUUAUAGCGAAUCGAUUUUAACCAAAGUUGCCUUUAAUUUCGGCACAGCUCUGCAGCUGCUCACAACGCUGCUGGCGGAAGUGCCUCCGCUAGCGGGAGCUCUAGAGAGAGCCCCUCUAGCGGUGUAUUGGGUCUACUCUUCCACACUGGCCAUGUCACGCUCUUGACUUUAGGAUCUCUGACGCACGAGCAACACCGCCUCCACAAAUCAAGCCCGGACACAUUUCUCCGUCGGCCUAGAUCUCUCGUCGGUGCUGUGCAGUGGACUGCAAUAGAUUUCUCCACAAUAUCGCCACAUCUCGGUUACACAUCAAUUCCUGCCACAUGAACACAGAUGUAGAGUGCCAGACAAGUGGCAACGCCGGUGCAGCGUUUAGAGCGAGUCGGCGAGUGAGUGAGUGAGUGAAGUGGGUGAGUGAUCGAGUGAGUGAGUUAAUAAGUGACUUGGCAGAUAAAUAAGAAUGAAUGAGUAAAUCGCUGAGUGGAGGAGCGCGAGGUCUUCCAUCAACACUGUGCAGUCUCCUGCAAUAGAGAUCAACACGGCAAGAUGAGAUUUGUGCCAGAUCUCGGCACACAUAAACUCUCGCUGCCCGACGCAAAGAUGCCGAUUCCCGGACUGACCGGGUCAAACCCAGACAGGUGGCACCCCUUAGCAUCCACCUCCACCACAUUCCAGUGGCAACAUUGACAAAGAUCUCCCGUAUAGCCUCGAUAGUGCAACACACACACUGGUUGAUUUUAUUAUAAAAAAGAAGCUUAUUUUGAAAUCGCUACGUAAUUUAGUUUGGAUUAGUAAAAAGAAAUAUAUAAUUUUUUGUUACCGUGUAAUGUAUUCUAAUUGAGUCUGAUUAAGUUUAUGUGCCUGUCAACCCCGCUCGUCGCAUCUCUGCUCGGGGUGAUUCAAUCUGCGGAGACGCUUGCGGCCGGGAGCGGAGCACCAACAAUUACAGCACGGCUCCUGCUCGGGACACACAUCUCAAUUUCCAGCUCAACACUUAAAAGACCGUAAUGAAUUUGUAGCCAGCCAGCGUAGAGCACGCCAUCAUUAUAUAUAUAAAACAUUGCGCCAUAACGGAAUCGUGCCUGUCCCUCGAAUGAUAAAUCCGCGGCCGCCGAAAAGUGGCAGCCGCAACAAAUGCGAUGCAGGGCACCGAUUUCAGCCGAGUCUCUCUUCUCAUCCUUCUCCCUCCCUCCUUCUUGUCCCCUGGCCUUCUACGCUGUUGGGGGCCACGAACGAUAUCCCCGUGCGGCACUCUCUCCGAUUCUCUUGGCCGGUUGCUGUCCACUUCAGCCGAGACGGCUUCCAUCCCGUGCCAGUGUUCGGGUCUUGACGCCCAGUCACACCGAGGUCUUCCUCUCCCGCAUUCGCUGCUUGACGCCCAGUCACAUCGAGGUCUUCCACUCCCGCAUUCGCUGCUUGACACCCAGUCACAUCGAGGUCUUCCACUCCCGCAUUCGGGGCUUGACGCCCAGUCACAGCGAGGUCUUCCUCUCCCGCAUUCGCUGCUUGACGCCCAGUCACAUCGAGGUCUUCCACUCCCGCAUUCGGGGCUUGACGCCCAGUCACAUCGAGGUCUUCCUCUCCCGCAUUCGCUGCUUGACGCCCAGUCACAUCGAGGUCUUCCUCUCCCGCAUUCGCUGCUUGACGCCCAGUCACAUCGAGGUCUUCCUCUCCCGCAUUCGCUGCUUGACGCCCAGUCACAUCGAGGUCUUCCUCUCCCGCAUUCGCUGCUUGACGCCCAGUCACAGCGAGGUCUUCCUCUCCCGCAUUCGCUGCUUGACGCCCAGUCACAUCGAGGUCUUCCACUCCCGCAUUCGCUGCUUGACUCCCAGUCACAUCGAGGCCUUCCUCUCCCACAUUUGGGGCUUGACGCCCAGUCACAUCGAGGUCUUCCUCUCCCAGAUUCGCUGCUUGACUCCCAGUCACACCGAGGCCUUCCUCUCCCAGAUUCGCUGCUUGACUCCCAGUCUCAUCGAGGCCUUCCUCUCCCGCAUUCGCUGCUUGACGCCCAGUCUCAUUGAGGUUUUUCUCUCCAGCAUUCGCUGCUUGACGCCCAGUCUCAUCGAGGCCUUCCUCUCCCGCAUUCGCUGCUUGACGCCCAGUCUCAUUGAGGUUUUUCUCUCCAGCAUUCGCGGCUUGACGCCCAGGAACAUCGAGGUCUUCCUCUCCCGCUAACACCAUCUCGAGUUCCCCGCGUCACUGCCGCCCUUUGCAGACAACUACCCCUUCACCCUGGUCCACGUGUGUCCGAAAACAUUGCAGCUUCCUGGACUUAAGCCGAACUCUGUAGUCUCGCGACUCUUCUCCAGCACCCGAUUAGUGCAGUGAAGGACCACGCAGGUUGCCGCUGCCCACUCGUUAGGUUUUUGGGUUUCUAUGAGACUAGAGCUGCUCUCUGGGAAAGCCUCUAAACCUAUGCACGAGUCGCUGUCUCAAACCACGGACCGUGUAGUGAUGCCCAUUGCCGGCUCCCAAAAGUCUCAGGCAGCAUCUUAGAUAUUCACCACGGGGCCACUCCUGAGCCAUCCACUGGCUCACUCACCUACCUCCACGUGAACUUAUACAUUUUGUACGCUGAAGCGGCAUGGUCAAAGACACGUGUCGAUGAGCGUCAUUCACGUGGGCCGUUGCAGUCGCAGGGGUGAGGGGUGGGGGGGAGCUGCGUGAAACUAACUUGUGGGCCGCGUGCGGCUCGCGCAACGGCGUUGGCGGCGGACGGGUUCCGCACCCUCGCUCUCGAGCGAGCGCACCUGCGACGUACCAGCAUGGCCCGUCAUCACGAGGCAUUCCGCUGCGAAAAUCACCGUUGACGAGCAGCACCUACGAAGGCCGGCACGGCACAUGACGGGGUGGUGUGGCCAGCACCACGCACGGCUGCCUUUGCCUCCCCAGCGCUGAUGGUGACACGCUGCACCAGGAAGGGUACGAGGACUUGGACAGGACGCGGGAUGAUGACGGCGCUCGAGACUGGCGAUGGAGAUGCAGGGAAUCACACUCUAGGGCGUCCGCCACGGAGACGGAGCGGUGACAACAGCCGGUGUUCGGCUGCUCGAAGGAUUGUUGCAUCGCAUGCGUGGAAGGUUAGGUGACGAGGUGAAGGACCCAAGAGGACCGGUUGAAAUGUCACUCGCCACUGAUUGCCUUUUCGAGGCGACAGGAGGGACCUUUGUGGACCUGGAGUUGUCUCUUACCCGCCGGAGAGGAGCCAACUCUGGAAAACAGACGGAGAGAGUUGAUCGCUGCGGCAAGGAGGGCUUGAUGUCUGAGUCGGCAUCAGCCGAGGGCAAGGAGACUGGAACAGGUUUCACGUGACCCGGUAGCCACACGCAAUGGCGGCGAGAGCUAUACUGGAUGUGGCGUGCCGGGUGAUUCCCAGGACUGGACUGUUGGGG